UGCUGAAGACACUGCAAAUUCUCUCUUCCAUGGAGGUGAUCAGAAUCACAUCCUCUGGCCACCUGCAUAUGAAACAGAAAUCAUGUGUAGAGCAUGGCAUUAGUUACCAAACUGCAGUGCAAGGGUAAGAUGAAUUAUUUUUUUUACUGUACUUGAAAAAGAAGUGAGGAAGGAGUUAAUCAUUGCAAAAUACGUGGUCAUUUCCUGAGCCCUGUGGUUGGAUGAGUACAAACUUUCAACUAUUUCUAAUUCUUCUCUGUCAUUUAAGAGGCUUUCAAGGUGCACUGUCCAUCCCAGACCAGCUCUACUCAUAGAGGAAAUCUGAUCUGUUGCAGCACGGAAACAUCAGUGGUGACCACAUCGAGACAAAUUCCUUAGGGAGCAGCCUGUAAGUCUGAUCAACACUUAAGAUGAAAAGUUUUGCAUUUUCUGUGGCAGGAUGUUACACGCAGAGUUUAGCUGUAUGAGGGAACUGCUGAGGCAAAAAGGGAAUAUUCAGGAACACAAGCCUCUGCUUUGAGUAGGUUUUUAAUCCAAGUGUUCAUGAUAUGAUCCAGUGGGCUUAUAGGGAUCAACAACCCCCUUGUGAAUAAUGGUUAAAAACGGAUCCCACCUGGACAGUGAAACACUGGCAAUGCUCCAGAAUAAAGCUAUCUCCACCACCCUCCCAGUUGUGUAUACACUGGUGGCUUUGAUCAGCAUCCCUGGCAACUUGUUCUCCCUUUGGGUACUCUGCUGGCACAUCAAACCCAAAACACCUUCUGUUAUCUUCAUGAUCAACCUAAGCAUCACGGAUCUCAUGCUUGCCAGCUGCUUUCCCUUCCAGAUUUAUUAUCACAUCCAAAGCAAUCACUGGACCUUUGGCAAGACUCUUUGCAGCCUUGUGACCGUGAUGUUCUACUCCAACAUGUAUUCUUCCAUACUGACCAUGACCUGCAUCAGCAUUGAGCGGUACAUGGGCGUUGUAUAUCCCAUGAAGUUGAUUAAGUGGAGAAGAAAAAGAUAUGCCCUGGCUGCCUGCGUAGGCAUGUGGAUGUUCUUGUUACUGGCCUUCUACCCACUAGAAAGCACGGAUCUGACCUACGAAGUGAAAGAAUUGGGGAUUAUAACCUGUUUCGAUGUCCUCAAGUGGGAUAUGCUGCCAAACUUUGCAGCCUGGGUAGCCUUUCUCCUCACACUAUUUGUCGUGCUCUUCCUCAUCCCUUUUGUUUUAACAGUUGGAUGCUAUAUUGGUAUAAUUCGGAAGCUUAUUCAGACAUCAAGCAGAUAUGGUAGCAGGCAGAAGACUAGAUCCAUAUACCUGGCGAUAAUAGUCCUUCUGGUAUUUGUCACCUGCUUUGCCCCCAAUAACUUUAUCCUACUUGUGCAUAUGAUCAUCCGCUUGUUUUAUGGCAGGAGUUUGUACCCUGCCUACAAGCUCACCUUAUGCUUCAGCUGCCUGAACAACUGCAUAGAUCCCUUCAUUUAUUAUUUUGCAUGCAAAGAAUUUUACCAGAAAUUCAUGGAAGUGUUUCGCCCUAAGGUUCUGCUCAGCGACAGUUUGGAAACCAGAAGGGAAAGCUUAUUCUCUGGAAGGACCAUGUCAGCCAGGUCGAUGUCAAGCGGACCUAUGGAUGGGCUAGAGGGAGUAAAGGUCUAUUUGCAAAGGCGAGAGAGUGUUUUUUAGCCUUAGAGAUCCCUAGAAGAAAGGCAUGAGAUCCAUGAGUAGACACAGAAAACAUUUCUUUUUGAAUAGCUACCCUCAAAAUUGCUCCAG